AAGCAAGGUAAACAUGUACAGCGGUUUAUUAACACGUCUACCUUGUAUAAGCAACAUCCAGGCGUCCAACCCCAUACUCCGCCCGGGCGUUAUAUUUUUCCGAAUUCAGAGCUGAAAAAUUGACUUCAACAUGGCGGCUAGUGGAAGCCCUGGUAGAGGAAAAAAUUCCGGCAGAGGAAAAAGCCCCAACAAAGGAAAAAGCCCCAUAAGUACUCUAACAGAAUGGCCGAAGACAAGGGAAGAGUUUGUGAAAUGGUUCUGGUCAGGGACGAAUGGCAAUGAACUAAUUAAAAAACUGAAUUGUAGUGAGUCUCACGGAGAUGAUUACAUUCGCCGAGAGAAAGAGCGACCAGCGAUCUAUUGCAUCGUACUAAACGAUGGUCCGUUUCCCGGUAAAGAAGGCAAAGCUCAGUGGAAGCUUUGCAAAGUUGGCUUUACUCACGUUAAUACAGCGACAGAGGCAGGGAACAGAAUGGAGCAAGUUAAAGAGGAGAUAGAGAGCAAAUACGAAUCAAAGAGAGGGGAUGGAAAGGCAAACGCAUCUGUGUUGUUUGUGUUGCCAAUCGGAGCAGUGGAUGUCACAACGUUUUCAGAGACAGAGAAAAGAAUAAGAAAAGCGGUUGGAAGGCCUAUACAUAAAGAUUGGGCGGAGGAAUUGGGUCUGCCACGCUCCACAGAAUGGGUUUUAACUACUCAGAAAUUCAUUGACCAGAUCAACGCGCGGAAACAGAGGAAGCAAAAAGCUGAAGGUAGUGCAGAUUUGAUUGAUUUGUUCAAGGAGUUGAAAUUUAAAGACUUUAACACUCAUACAGAACCAUCAUGGGCGAAGUUAAAUGACGUCGAUGACGUACCGACAGUAAAGGAUAUGACAGUGCAAGAAUGAAUUAACAGCCGAUCACAAACAUUUUCAGUGAACAUUGCUAAUGAAAACAGGUCUUAAUCCGGCGAACAAAAUCUCAACGUUUUAUAUCGAGGUAUUUUACAAUAUUUUUUCCUAUGUAGUCAGGAGCAAACUAGGAUGAGACGUUUAGCUGAAGAUCAGUUCCAUAUAAUCAAACAUAUUUUAUCUACCACUAACGAGAACUGAGGUCCUUUGUAAUAUAUCGUAAACUGCAUGUUUGGUUUAAAUAGACGCGGGACUCUUUCAAAGACUUGGAACAGCUGCAGUUGUAUACGGCGUGGGUUGCGGUUGAAUAGCUUUGUCUCUCUUAUAUGUAAAUUCGUGAAAAAUGUUUUAGUUUAUUACUUAGAUCAAGGACAUCAUUAUUUAUCAUGAGAACAAAAUUUAGCGGCUAAGGGGAAGGGGGGUGGAGGGAGGGGGGGAAAAGAGGUGGGAAACAGGCUGAGCUGAGGCCGAGCUGCGUCGAAUUAAUGAAAUAAGACGUCUGACUUGAAAAAUCCUGAUAAACUCAGGUGAGCGCGAAAUGCCAAACUUGAAAAAUAGGUGCUCGAUGAGCACAUGAAUCCACGGCCGUAGGUAAGUGGAUUAGGAAUCUCUGCAGGACCUGGGUUUAAUUCAAUGUCUCCUCAUAACAAAAGCUUCUUUUCUGACAAAGGUAGUUCUUAUUAUCAAACUGAACUCGGACCAAAAUUCUGGAUAACAUUUAUAAUUUCUACCAGAAGACCAACACUUUUCUUGAUCAAAUCUUUGUCAGCAAACUAGCUGGCGUAAAAUAAUCAAAGGGCCCUUUUGGCUGGCCUCGCGUCACUUGUUUUAGAGCGCAAAGAAAUCCACUGCUAAACCAAACAAAUGUAAAAUGCAGUCGCAACGCUAGACAUAGUAAACAGGAGCGCACUAUUCACUUAAUUCCGGUGUGUUUUUUGAGGAAAACAAUUCGAUCUGACUCGAUCUGGCCCGAUC